GUUUACAAUGUACUUCCAUCUUUCUUUAACUCACGACCAUAUCCCCUCUCUGUCUUUGAAGCGUCAUCUAGACAAUCUAGCUGGGUUCGACUCGACUGGACGGAUUUCAUUCGUUAUUCAACUGCAGUUCAGAAUUAUUAUACUCGCAUUCAUUCGAUCAAUAAAUAAGAGAAUAUAACCUCAAAAUUUGGUUAUUUACGAUUACUUUUAAAGAAAAAGUCAUGUGCAGUUGGUUUAUAUUUCGGACUAGUGUUUUAUUCUAGUUUAUAUCCAGUGUUAUAGUGUUACUUUUAAGCUUUUUGGGAUUAAGUGCUCUUAUUUUUAAAAAUGUGGUGUAUUAUAUGUAAUACUAGUAGUUACUGUCUCCUCAACAUCAUAUAGUAGUUGAUCCUUGGGCAUGGCAUUAGCGUGCAAUGUUAGGCUGUAGCACGGUAUGUCCCAACUGCAAGCACGAAUUCCAGUGCUGUACACCCAACCAGCCAUGUUGCAGCAGCGUCAGGAGGUCCUUACAUGCCCUCAGCGGCGGUGGUUUGGUUACCACACUCGCUCCAACCCCAUCGAGCCCCUGCCUGUCCCCACAGGUCUCUCCCAGCGUUCCACUGGCCUUCAUCCUGCCACCUUUCGCCACCCCUCUUCAACGAGCACCAGCCCCUGCGGAUGCGAAACCGGAAACCGAGUUACAAAGGUUAUCGGAUACCGUUCGGGCUCUUCGCCAAUCCGGUUGGUACUAUGAAGGCGUCACCUAUCAGCAGAGCCACGAACUACUCAAAGGGACCAGUGUAGGAACGUUUUUAGUGCGGAACUCUUCGGAUCCACAGUUUUUGUUUUCCUUAAGCGUGCAAACGGAGCGCGGCCCAACAUCCGUUCGUUUGUUUUACAUCAACGGAUAUUUCAGGCUUGACGCGCAACCGCAUUUGCAAGCCGCCAUGCCUAUGUUUCCUAGCGUUAUAGACUUAAUCCAACAUUACGUGCAGCAGUCACGCGUGUGCAGGAGCAACGCCCAAGUGUGGGUGGAUCAACAAGGAAAAUGGUACUCUUCUAUUCUUCUUGACAAGCCACUCAGGAAGAAAUCUGAACCAUGCAGUUUGAAACACCUGGCUAGGAUGGCUAUACAUAAGGCAGUUCAGUCUUCUGCUAAGCCUAGACUACUCAUGCUGCCACCUCCACAUACUCAGUUAGAACUACCUAAUUCUUUGAUUUCUUAUUUGUCGGAGUACCCUUUUUCCCUCUAAAGAUGGAUGCUUUAAUAUUGUCGCCGUUUCUUGUACAAAGUUACCAUAGAAAAUUUAUUUUAGUACAUUUAUAAACUUUGCAACUUCUAUUAUUUGAAUUUUAGCCAUCAAUUUUUCUUUGGUUACAAUUUGAUAUAAAAUUAAUUUCACACUACAUACUUCUCAGAGAUAAAUUUUGUAAAUAUUAUUCUUUAAUUAAUUCAAAAUGAAAAAAUAAUUGAUAAUAACCAGGGGAGAAUUCUUUAUAUCUAUGUAAAAAACAAAUGUAACUAAAUUGAAUAAUUAUAGAAGUGGUUCCUCUUUCAUAUUAAAAAUGUUUAAAUCUAACAUCACAAUCAUGUGGAUUUUUUAAUUGUUUAAAGUUUUGUAGGACGUUGUGAAAUGCGUGUGUUAUGUGUUACAUUAUUUAUAUUGUAAGAUUUACCAAAGAAAAAUGAUAUGCUCGAAUAUGAUAG